UGUUUGGAUGGAGUAUCUGGGGAGGAAGAGAGCUGGAGAUAGGGUUUAUUUUACUGCAAGGGUACACAUAAUCGUUAACUUUGUUUUAUUUUUUUAACUCUUGUUCGAAAACGUCUUGUAAAACAACGCUGGCACGUCUGAACUAGAGCACCCGAGUGACUGGAGUUCCCGAUCGCAACUUUCGCUGGUUUCUGAGUCUUGCUGUAACUUGACUCGGGUGCUACCAUUUGUUUUCGUUUACCGAAGAAAAAACAGCAUCAGGUGAUUUAACACAGUUCAUAAAUGACGGUGUUUGCGAUUUGAAGAGAGUGGGGACAGGCAGCCAUGAGGAGCCGUAGUAAUUCCGGGGUGAAGCUCGAUAACUACGCCCGUCUGGUGCAGCAGACAAUCCUCUGUCACCAGGAUCCCGUGACGGGCCUCCUGCCAGCCAGCGAGGAGCAGAGGGAUGCGUGGGUGAGGGACAAUGUGUACAGCAUCCUGGCGGUGUGGGCUUUGGGCCUGGCCUACCGGAAGAAUGCCGACCGCGACGAAGACAAGGCCAAGGCCUACGAGCUGGAGCAGAGCGUCGUGAAGCUCAUGAGAGGCCUGCUGCAGUGCAUGAUGAGGCAGCUGCCGAAGGUGGAGAAGUUCAAGUACAGUCAGAGCCCUAAGGACAGCCUCCAUGCUAAGUACAAUCUGCACACCUGUGCCUCUGUAGUGGGUGAUGACCAGUGGGGGCAUCUGCAGGUUGAUGCCACCUCCCUUUACCUGCUUUUCCUGGCACAGAUGAUCGCCUCAGGUCUCCAUAUUAUUUACACUCAGGAUGAAGUAGAUGUGGUUCAGAACCUCAUGUUCUACAUUGAAGCUGCUUACAAAGUUGCAGACUACGGCAUGUGGGAGAGAGGUGACAAGACCAACCAGGGGAUCCCUGAGCUUAAUGCCAGCUCUGUUGGCUUGGCCAAGGCUGCACUAGAGGCCUUAGAUGAGUUGAACCUGUUUGGCGCUAAUGGGGGUCCUGCAUCAGUUGUGCACGUUUUGUCAGACGAGGUUCAGCACUGCCAGUCUAUUCUUCACUCGAUGUUGCCAAGGGCUUCGACUUCCAAGGAGGUGGAUGCUGGGCUGCUUUCGGUCAUCUCCUACCCAGCCUUUGCAGUGGAGGAUGUCCAGCUGGUCAAUAUCACCAAGGAGGAAAUCAUCUCCAAACUGCAGGGCAGAUAUGGUUGCUGUCGGUUCCUCAGAGAUGGGCACAAAACUCCUAAAGAGGAUCCCAACAGAUUGUACUAUGAACCAGCAGAACUGAAGCUGUUUGAGAACAUUGAGUGUGAAUGGCCCCUGUUCUGGACCUACCUCAUUCUGGAUGGCAUCUUUAUUAACAGUCCUGAGCAGGUGCAGGAGUACAGGGACGCCCUGGACGGGAUUCUGAUCAAAGGGAAGAACGGAGUCCGCCUUGUGCCCGAACUCUACAGCGUCCCUCCGGACAGGGUGGAGGAGGAGUACUGUAACCCUCACACUGUUGACAGGGUCCCCAUGGGGAAGCUCCCUCUCAUGUGGGGUCAGUCCUUGUACAUCAUAGGGAACCUGGUGGCUGAGGGAUUCCUGGCCCCCGGAGAGAUUGAUCCGCUCAACAGGAGGUUCUCCACCAUCCCCAAGCCUGACGUGGUGGUUCAGGUUUCCAUCCUGGCUGAAACAGAAGAGAUUAAAGCCAUCUUGCAGAAGCACGGGUUCAAUGUGGAGACAGUGGCUGACGUUUACCCCAUUCGAGUGCAGCCUGCCAGGACUCUGAGUCACAUCUAUGCAAGACUGGGUCGUAACCAGCGCCUGGGGCUCUCUGGCAGACCCUAUCGUCGCAUGGGCGUGCUGGGAACCUCCAAAUUCUAUAUCAUCCGUAACACCAUCUUCACCUUCUCUCCUCAGUUCAUCGACCAGCAGCAGUUUUACAUUGCCCUGGACAACCGCAUGAUUGUGGAGAUGCUCCGCACUGACCUCUCCUACCUCUGCUGCCGCUGGAGAAUGACUGGCCGGCCCACCGUCACCUUGCCCAUCUCACAGACCAUGCUGACUGAAAACCAGUUAGAUCUGGAUCCUGCUGUCUUGGCAACUCUGAGAAAACUCCAAGAUGGCUACUAUGGAGGAGCAAGGGUUCAGACAGGCAAGUUGUCAGAGUUCCUGACAACGUCCUGCUGUGCUCACCUCAGCUUCAUGGACCCCAAACAUGUCGGUAAGGCGCUUUACUCUAGCGACGCCAAUGACGACAGCGGCGACUUUGUCACGCAGCCCAGCAGUGACUUGCGUUCAGCAGACGCCCUGCAUGCUUUUCACUGUGCAGAUGAUGAUGAGAGUGACGAUCUAUCCCAGUAUCUGGACCACCUGCUGGAGAGCACAGCCCCCAAACCCACUCCCUCGCCCAGCACGCCCAAGGGGGGGCUCGUCCGUUUCCGGGCAGCGGCCCACCAGACGCGAGACAUGGUGUCCCUCGUGAACAAGGCCAAGGGUCUCGACAUACAGAAUUUGCACAUGUUCCUUCCUACUAAGCUAUUCCACGCUCCCCAGCCCUCUCUCAAUCUCCUGGAGUCCCCACUGUCCAGCGACACCAAGGGCCCUCGGGUUGUGACCUCAGAGAUGUGUCUGCCCCGAGACUCAGCGGGGGAGAUCGACUACCGGGCUCUGGUGGAACAGCUGCGAGAGUGUCCCAGCCUCCAGGACCAGGCCGACAUCCUGUACAUCCUCUUCAACAAGAAGGGCGCAGACUGGGAUACACAGCUCUACGGCACGGGCACCACGGUCCAGAACCUGCUGGUUGAACUGUACACCAAGGCUGGCACAGUGCGUCAGUGGGGUCUCAUCCGCAUGACCUCCGGCAUGCUGAAGAAGAAGGUGGAGGGGCUGGAUGAGGCCUGCUCAGAUCUCCUGGCACACCAAAAGCACCUCACCGUGGGUCUGCCCCCUGAGCCCCGAGAGAAGACCAUCGUAGCGCCCUUGCCUCCCGAUGUGCUGAUGAAACUAAUUGAUGAAGCGAGUGACCAGAGCAUCACCAUUGCCGUGCUGACUCAGGAGAUUAUGGUGUACCUGGCGAUGAACAUCAGGACCCAGCCCUCCCUCUUCAGCGAGAUGUUCCGCCUGCGGAUCGGGCUCAUCAUCCAGGUCAUGGCCACCGAGCUCGCCCACUCGCUCAACUGUUCAGGUGAAGAGGCCACAGAGAGUCUGAUGAGCCUCAGCCCCUCUGAGCUGAAGAACCUGCUCCAUCACAUCCUGAGCGGGAAGGAGUUUGGGGUGGAGAAAAGCGUCCGCUCUGUGGAUUCGGCGGUCAGCACGGCCAUCUCGAUACACGAGGUGGGCAACGUGGGGGCCACCAAGAGCGAGAGGGUGGGCAUCAACAAGCUGAAGAGCGACAUGAAACAGAUGGAGGAGCGUAGGUUGUCGUUGUUCGGGACACGUAAGCCUUCCACUGCACAGCCAUCCGACCUGGAUUACAGUGAAUCCACAAAAUCGUGCAGUUUGGCCAUUGAGAGCUUUCCCCAAGAGCCCUUUGGGCCUCCGGCCCGGGACAUUCGACAGGGCCAGUGGCUUCGCCGCAGGAGGCUGGACGGAGCUCUUAACAGAGUGCCGGUGGGCUUCUACCAGAAGGUUUGGAAAAUCCUGCAGAAGUGUCACGGGCUGUCCAUCGAAGGCUUUGUCCUCCCGUCGUCCACCACCAGAGAGAUGACUCCGGGCGAGAUCAAGUUCUCGGUGCACGUGGAGUCGGUGCUGAACCGAGUCCCCCAACCGGAGUACCGCCAGCUACUGGUGGAGGCCAUCUUGGUCCUGACCAUGCUGGCGGACAUGGACGUCCACAGCAUGGGGGGCAUCAUCCACGUGGAGAAGAUCGUCCACAUCGCCAAUGACAUAUUCUACCACGACCAGAGAGACCUGGGUGCAGAUGACAGCAUUCUAGAGAAGGACCAGGCCACUGGCAUCUGCAAGCUGCUGUACGACAGCGCCCCUAGUGGCCGUUUUGGCAGCAUGACCUACCUCUCCAAGGCAGUGGCUACCUAUGUACAGGACUUCCUGCCCAGCAGCACCUGUGCCAUGCAGUGAGACUGCAGUGGGGGGGGGGCAGACGAGAGGACAGCCCUGCUCCUGAAGGACCCGUGGCCCUGCAGCUGUCUUUCAGUCAUCAGCUGCUUAGCACUUGGAUAAGAAGCUUCAUUUGUUUCAUGCAGCAAACCGUUGGCUUCAUUAAGGAAUUAAGAAAUGGAGGAGUGAAGUGAAAACGCCCCUCUGGUUCUGAGUGGUGCAGGUCCUUAACCUUAAUCUGGUUCUCUGAAACCCCCUCAAUUAUGUGUGCCUAAGUAAGAAACGCAGAUAAGACGACCGGCUAUCUGCAGAAACACACUUUGCUGCAUGAAUGUAUCCAACCUCAAACAAUAAUAGGCUAUAUUUUAUAGGUGGGGGGGACUUCCUUACCCUAGUGUACCAGAAAUUUUCAUUUUGGUCACUUUGUAUGUCAGCAUGAGUAUGUAAUAUUUGAAUGUAGGUUUACUUUCAUCCAGCUAUAGCAUAUCUAGUUGCAACUUCAUAUUUUAUGAGGUCAGCUAUGUAUCACCCUGUCAUUUAACUGUAAUUAACUGUAAAUCCUUCAAUAUGUGCACACUGCCCUUCACAAAGAAGCACUCUAUUCUUGGAACAGUAACAUUUUUAGUGCUAAAUGCCAACUUGUGUUACACUGUUUUUCUUCCCCUGUGCACUUCCUGUUCCAUGUUUCCAAACUCCCUUCAGAAGCCUCUUUUCAUGUUGUCAUUAGCUUUAACCCAGAAUAUUUCUGAAGGGGACUAUGAAACAAGGGAAAAAUAAAGAGAAGAAAUGUGGGCAGUGUAGCAUCUCUAUAAUUGUAGUUUAAAAGUUGAGGACUUUCAUCACAGAAUUUGCACGACCCCAUACAGAGGUUGUAAAACUGGAGUUUUUCUCCUUGGUUCACAUGGACAGGUUUAAUUCAUUUUCAUUGUAGGAAGACACAAUCUUGUCAGCUGUGCACAGACGGGCAGACAGUCUUAGUGAAAAAUCUUUUCUUCCCACAUGUUCACACGUGGUUAAGCUUUUGAGACAUGAAAGCCUUGAUCAUUUUAAAAGCUGAAAAAAUGACUAAUCACUACAGAAUUCUUGUCUUUUUUUACAAUUACACUCUUAAAAGCCAAAGUAGAUGUUUGUGUCCAUGAAUAGUUUUGGCUAAUUGUGUGAAACGCGUGUUUUACAAUACUAGCAUGUCUUAUUUUCUUACUUUCUGCUGUUUGCAACGAUUACAGACUUGCAAAUUAAAAUGAAAGCCUUAAAGCUGUUUUCAGGUGUACGUUUUUUGCUCGUUUAAAGGGAGGAAAAAGGGAAAUAUUUUCAGAAUUUGUAGGAAGUGAUUUGAAAACGUCUGUUACAAUUUUUCUUAAUCCUUUUUAAUUGUGGACUAGAAUAAACCCAGACAAACCCCUCUUUUAUUUUGAAUUACUUUUUUUAAAGUGUGCAAGGUAGAAUGUUCUAUACAGCCUGAUACUUUCUAAUUGCACAAGAAACAUUUAAAACAUGAUGUUCUCCCACAUUUGGUACUUCUGAUUUCUGAACAAGCAUAUAAAUGGUGAAUGAAUGUGUUUAUUUUACCUUGUAACUAAACAGUUAAAACUAAUUUUUGGGAGAAAACAUGGCAGUAAUUAAUCAAGAUUUAUUCAAUCAAUCAAGGUUUAUUUAUCAGUGUACAACAUUACAGCAUACAGCGGUGGUUGUCGGCAGUGAAGUGCAUUUUCCGCAAGCUCGCCAAAGAGAGGACAGAAUUUGAUGGAAGGUUACAAGGAGAAUUAUACAUCUACAACAUUACACAAUAAUAAAAAACCGCAGUGAAAAAAAAUGCAGUGAACUGACUAUCAGUGGUUGUUUGGGUAAUUGCUGGUGGCUGCUGUGGCUGGCUGUUCAGCAGUCUUAUUGCCCUGUUUUGAAAUCAGGAUAAAGAUUCAAUCACUUCUGGUAUUUUUUGUCCCAGUCGUAUUUGUUCUGACAACAAUGUUCUACUGCAAUUGCUAGCAUUUGUUUUUGAAGAGGGUGGGAUUUGGUUGAGUGUGGCUGAAAUCAAUUUCAGGCAGUAUUGGAAAAGUUGAAAAUGAUUAAGAAGCUUCUUCCUUGUUUAUUUGAUAACGUGCCAUUUGUCUCUUGUUUAAAAAAACACUAGUGAAGUUGUACCCAAAACUGUCUGGUUCAAUGUUUGUAUUGUCAGAGGUUUUAAGUACGUGGUUGAGCUGUGUGAAAUUGACCUACCUGCGAAACUCACCAGUACUAAAGCAAGGUGAUAGCAUUCUUCUUAUGUUCGAUUAAUUCUUAAACCAUUUAAAACCUCACACUCCUCCAAAAGAGAAAUAGAUGUGCCUUUUGUCAUUGUUUUUUGUUUAGGCCUUGGUGUCUUAGCACAGCAGCAGUGGAAGGAGUCUCUCAUUGAAGAUGACAUUUUCUGAACUCUGUAAUUACAGUAAACAAAUCCAAUAAAACCUUCAGUAUUAGGUAACGGAAAGUCUGUGGAAGAGAUCUUAGAAACUGCUACUGUUCUCUGUCAUCUUGUGAGGUAUCUGGUUUUUCUGUUGAAGAAUGCACAAUUUCACCUUUUGUUUUAACAGAAACAAAAUGCUUGUGCUGGAAUAACUAAAUUCAGGUGUCUAGUAGUUUGUUUUUUGCUGCUGCUUUUGAAAGCAGCUGAAGGUUUAUAUGGCAGUGUUUGAAACCUUCUUGAAAUAAAACUACAAAAGAA